AUUUUUCUUGUCUUCCCCGUCAAUUUACCUCCAUGAUCAGCGCUGCAGCUCGGAGAAUUGCUGCUGCUGCUACUACCAGUACUACUACUCACUCCCGCACCUACGCCAUGGCUUCGUCGGCCCCCAAGCGCGCCUACGAGGACGGCCGCAGCUAUCGCUUCAAGAAGCAGCAGAAGAAAGAGCAGGUUGCGGGCAAGCCCGACGGGACCCACGAGGAAGUCCUGCUCAAGGACAUUACCGCGCUGCUGCAGAAGCACAGCCUGAACGAGCAGAGCGAAGUAGAAGAAAAAUUGCCCGAGCCCUUCUCCGAGAUCGACGUCACUGUCGACGAGAUCUCGUCCACGGGCGACGGCCUCGCCCGCCUGCCCGGCUCCCGCCAGAUCUACGUCGUGCCCUUCACCGCGCCCGGCGACAAGGUCAAGGCCAAAGUCAUCCGCCACUUCCCCAAGAACGGCUACACGACGGCCGACUUUGUGUCGGUGGUGGAGCCAUCGCCGCAGCGCGACGACUCGCUGAUCCGGUGCCCGUACUUUGCCAGCUGCUCGGGAUGCCAAUUCCAGAUGCUGCCGUACGCGGCACAGCUCGCGCACAAAAAGACCAUCGUCGAGAAAGCGUACAAGAACUUUUCCGACCUCCCGCCCGAGCUCGUGCCCGCCGUGGGCGAGACGAUCGGCUCGCCGCUGCAGUACGGCUACCGCACCAAGCUGACCCCCCACUUUGACGGCCCGCCCGGCAUGAAGCGCAGCGACGGGCGCAACGGCAUCAAGCGGCAUUUCGAGGCGGUGCCGCCCAUCGGCUUCAUGAAGAAGGGCACGCGCCACACCAUGGACAUCGAGGACUGCCCCAUCGGCACCGACGCCGUGCGCAUGGGCAUGAAGCGCGAGCGCGCGCGCGUCGCUGCCGAGCUGGGCAGGUACACCAAGGGCGCGACGCUGCUGCUGCGCGAGAGCACCAAGCGCCUGCCCAAGGACCCGGCGCCCGCGCCCCGCGACGACGCCAUCCUCGAGGACCGCGGAACCCACUUCCAUGAGAAAACUUGCGUCACCGAUCCUAAUGGCACUACCACCGAGUUCAUCGACGACUACCAGUUCUCGAAUCCCGCGGGCGCCUUCUUCCAGAACAACAACAGCAUCCUCUCGCCCUUUACGCAGUACGUGCGCUCGCACAUCCUGCCGCCUUCGCCCACCACCACCACCACCGCAACGCCCACCGCCCCCUCUCAAAACACGACCCCAAUCCAACACCUCAUAGACGCGUACUCCGGCUCCGGCCUCUUCACCAUAACGCUCUCGCCCCUCUUCCCCUCCUCCCUCGGCAUCGACAUCAGCGCCACCUCCAUAGCCUCCGCGUCCCAAAACGCCGCCCUAAACGCCCUUUCACCCACACACGCCUCGUUCCUAGCCGCCGACGCAGCCCACCUCUUCGCAUCCAUCACCUCCCCCGCCGCCGAAACAGCCGUCGUCAUCGACCCCCCCCGUAAAGGGUGCGACGACUCGUUCCUGCGGCAGCUGCUGCGCUACAGCCCCGCGCGCGUGCUGUACGUCAGCUGCAACGUGCAUACGCAGGCGCGGGACGUGGGCGUGCUAGUCAGUGGGAUGAAGGGCGUGGACGCGGGCUUUGGCGUCGGCGAGGGCGCGUACGAGAUUGAGAGCGUGCGCGGGUUUGACUUUUUUCCGCAGACGGGGCAUGUCGAGGGCGUGGCGGUUUUGCGGCGGAGGGAGGAGGGCGCGGUGAAGGGGGUGGAGGUGGAGGUGGAGGUGGAGAAGGAGGCGGACGCGGCUGCACAGCUGGUGCCUGAGGUGCAGAAGGAGGCGUAGUGUGCUAUACUGUCUGUGUACUGUAUACGUGUUUUAUGUCUUGUACCAUUUCCAUCCCCUCCCGUUUCCGUAAAAGUCUCCUGCUGUACCCACCCACCUACCUACCUACCUACCUACCUAUCCACCACCAUAGACCAAGACCAAGAAGCAAGAACCAAGAAGCAAGAACCAAGAGCCAAGAGCCAAGAGCCAAGAAGCAAGAUACGUAGACAAUUCCAUAGAUACGUUAGAUAUAACUAAACAUAAGCAAG